AUCGGUCUAUCAGACCUAAUUAGCAGGUCUUGCGGGUUCCGGUUCUCGUUCCGCUCCGGCUCCUUCGCGCAACAGCGGCCAACAGCGGGGAAUCCCGGCGCCGGGUGCUGCCUCGGAAGACGUGGGCUGUGGAGGUUGAGAAACUAGAAGCUGCGCUGUGAGUUGUGUAUGCGGGUGAGAUAGAUUGUGCCGUGCGUGCUUGUGUUCUUUUGUCGGCGGAGAGAGAGAUCAGGACGGUGGGUGGAGUUGGAGUGAACAGGAGUGUCCUAGCACGGAGAUGGAGGUAAUUAUUCCGUUGGACUGGGCGCAUGCAGCGGAGAGCAUAGUUUCCGCUUCUUUUCCUCCGCCUGUGGUCUUCGUGUGCGGGCCUAAGAAUAGCGGCAAGUCUACCUUCUCCCGCUACCUCCUCAAUGCCCUCUUGCCAAGGUAUGGGAGAGUUGGUUAUUUGGAUACAGAUGUGGGACAACCUGAUUUCUCUCCUCCUGGAUGUGUCUCUCUCACUCUUAUUAAGGAAACUAUUUCAGAUUUGAUGAAUCCAUGCAUUAGAGAAACUGAAAGGUUUUUCUACUUGGGCGACAUCUCCUCAAAGAGUAAUCCGGAAGCAUAUCUGGAUUUUACGUUAAGAUUAUAUGAUUACUUUAUCAAGCAGUAUCAUCAGCUGGAUGAACCCAAUGAUCCUGGAAAUACAGUGUUGCCUUUGAUUAUUAACACUCCUGGAUGGGUGAAAGGCACUGGCUUUGAUCUCUUGGUUGAAAUGUUAAGAUAUAUAUCUCCUACUCUAGUUGUUCAGAUACACAUUUCACUUCAGAGUAAAAAUCUACCAGUUGGGACAUUCUGGUUGGAUGCAAACCAGCAGGAACUUCAUAAAGUUCCUAUACUUGUUCUUGAUUCAGCACGUCGAAAUAUUAAAAAUGAAUCUAUAUUAGUUCAGAAAGAUGCUCGCCAUAUGCGAGACCAGCGUCUUUUUGGCUAUUUCAAGCAAUGCUUCCCCAACAACCUGAAUAUUCUGACUAAUAAAGCGCUUGCUCGUGCUCUGGCUGCUGUUUCUCCAUAUGUGGUUCCUUUUUCAAAAGUAAAGGUCAUUCAUCUUCAUUGUCAGGUUCCAAGUAGUGAAAUAUUUCACAGUCUUAAUGCUACAAUUGUUGGCCUGGCUGUCAGUUCGGAUGUGCCUGCAAAAUCCAAGUCUAAGAUACCUCCAUGUGUGGGACUUGGUAUUGUGCGAGCUAUCGAUGUGAUCAAAGGUCUUUUGUAUGUUAUUACACCCGUUCCCUUUUGCAUUCUACAAAAGGUUGAUCUUCUUCUACAGGGCUUUAUUGAAAUCCCUUCAGGUUUCUUGCGGGUGCAUGGAUGUGCAUCCCCAUACAUGGCUACAAAUGUGCUCCACAAAUUUUUGAAUGAGAAUUUGUAAGAAGUGGAACACUGGUUUGAUUGCAUGAAGAGCUACAUACAUGAUGGUUUCUACUCAUGGAUAUUCAACUUUCCGAGCAUCUUUAUAGCCCUCAGAACCACAUUGAAAGAUGCAACCAAAUUUACAAGUUCUGUAGAUUAUCUGUAUGCACCAUUAGUUGAUAGGGGUGCAGUAUCAAUCCCUCUCAGUUCAGAAACGUGACUUGUAAAAGUAUUUGUGAUAGAAUCCAACUAUGCUACUAGAUCAUUCCCAAUAUGCAGUUGCUUUAUGUCAGAUCUGCUUUUUAUCUUUUGUGGGAAUUUGUAAUUGUUUUAUUCAGAUGUACUCUUAAUCUUCCUGAGUUUAAAUUUCCAAAAAAGUAACAUUGUUUGUUCAAGUGUUGACCGUUCACUUAGUGGCUAUCAAAUUCAAAAACCCUUCUAUGUGUUUCCACUUGUUCCCAAAUUUAAUUGGAUCAUGGUUGUUUGAAAAACAGUCGCAUGCCUUUAAAAGGAUUGGCUUGUCGAAUUUGACAGAAUAGCUUCCAUGUUCUUGAAGAUACAUUCCAAUCUAGUGCUAAUAAAGGUACUGCCCAACUUGGUAUUAGAUGAUUGAAUUUGCCCAUUUCACCACCUAAAAUGGCCUCCUUGAAAGGACAGUUCCUCGAUAUUGAUUGAUAUUAUUAUCUAGUUGUUUCAUCUAAUAAAAAUGAUUAAUUAAUGCUUUGUACAUAUUAUGAUGAUGAUAUGAUAUAAGUUUGAUUUUUCGCCUUUUCUCUAUUAAUUGGAAAAAAAAAGUAAAAUAAUUGUUUGUUUGUUUAAUAUGCUGAUUUGUCUAUUUCCUUUGCUUGUUCAAGCCAUGAAAUUGUAUUUGAUUAUUAUUUGUAUAGUUUAGACUUUAGAGGUCAAUAUUUUAAUUGC